AUGACAGAACAACCUCUUACUACAAAUACUUUACCAUCACGACUUCAACGAAAUGGAAAAAAUAGUCUUAGUUCUAAAAGUCUUACUAGUCAACUUACCGAAGAGAAUUUAAAACUUCACACCACAAUGGGGCCAUCACCACGAGAAGCAAAAACGCAUUUAGUAUUGGUAUAUGUGGACCUUCAAAAACAGUUGGUGGCCCUUGAAGAACAAAUGCGGAUAGAAGCAAAAGCCGCUCAGGAAAAAUUUACAAUAAGUCCAUCAAAAAAGACUGUUAACUCGAUUGACAAAGGAAGUUUGUCUCCUACUUCUCUCACGUCUUCUCGCACGUCAUAUUUUGAUAGAGAUAACGCAUCACUCAAUGUGGAACCUUCCAUAUAUCCAACUUAUUCUCAAUCCUCUCAACGUUCAAAAUCAAAAAAAUCAAAAACUCCUUUAAAAAGAAUUUUUAUUCCACAUCCUACUUAUAAUAGAGCAAAUAGCGCUGAAACAAUGAAUACUCUGACUCACAAUAACUUUGACUCAUCUGCCAAUAAUAACCUAGAAUGUAGUCUCCCUCGACAUUCUUCAGCUCCCUCCACACCAAUGUUUCCAAAUUAUACUGCUCACUUAAAUAAUGAUUUAAGAUUAGACUCAACUUCUGCAACUAAUAAUGAAAGACGUGAAAAUUUAAUCCUAGAGUAUCGUGACAGUGGAAUUGCAUUGGUUUCCCCAGCUGGUAAAUCAACUCAUUCACGAGAACAUUCAUUUUCAACGCUAUUACGUAAGAUUGAUUUAUUUAAUGCCUUUCAUAAUCAAACCGGUGAAAAAAAGGUACAAAGAGUAAAACGUAGGGGCUCAGUUCAUACUGCACUUGCUAGAUCUAAGGAAAAUGAACAGGAAUUAUUAGCUUUUCGCUAUCCGAGUUUAAAUGACAAUGAGAUAAGAUACUCUACUGGCAGUCUUUGUAAUAGAAUAUUCGAUCAUGAUGACAGCAUCGGAAUCAGGGAUGAAAAGAAAUCUCUUUAG